GGUGCGUUUGAUUCGUUGCCAAUGACAUCAGCUGUGCAGUGAGUGUGCAGAAAGGGGGAAAAAAGGCGUCCUCUUCUGUCGCGCUGCUCGCAGAAGAAGAAAGACGCGAGCCGCGGCAGGAGACAUUUCUGCAGAAGAAGAAGAAGAAGAAGAAGACAAGGAGGAGGAAGAGGAAGAGCGAGGAUGUCCGCCCUGGUGCAGUGUCCACCAUCAUCAUCUUCUUCUUCAUCCCCACCAGCCAACAUGGAGAGCGGCUUCAUCCCCGCCAGCCCCUCGCAGCACUUCGUCCACUCCAAGUUCUACCUGCUGGUGGUCCUGGGCGAGGUCGCCACGGAGGACCACCUCAAGUGUGCCAUCGCCGACAUAGAGAAAGGAAUACGCUCAUGGGACACCAAUUUAAUCGACUGCAACUUGGACCAGGAACUCAAACUCUUCGUCUCCAGGCACUCGGCUCGCUUCUCCGCAGACGUCAAAGGACAGAGAAUUCUUCACCAUAAAAGUAACGUCCUGGAGACGGUCGUGCUUAUCAACCCUUCAGACGACGCCGUCAGCACCGAGGUUCGGUUGAUGAUCUCUGACUCUGCCAGACACAAGCUUCUGGUUCUGUCAGGUCAAUGCACCGAAAACACCGGGGAGCUAAUACUUCAGUCUGGAUCCUUUUCCUUCUCCAAGUUCAUCGACAUAUUUACUGACCAAGAGAUUGGUGAAUUGCUGAGCACUAUUCAUCCAGAAAACAAAGCCAACUUGACACUCUCCUGCCCCGAACAAGGUGACUGGAAAAACUCAAACUUGGACAAACACAACCUACAAGACUUCAUCAACAUGACGCUAAACUCGGCGCUCAUCCUGCCUGAAAUGGAGGGCCUCUCCGAGUUCACAGAGUAUUUAUCCGAAUCCGUGGAGAUUCUGACACCUUUUGACAUUUUGGAACCGCCGGCCUCAGGUGGAUUCCUCAAGCUCUCCAAACCUUGUUGCUACAUCUUCCCUGGCGGCCACGGGGACUCUGCUCUCUUUGCUGUCAAUGGCUUUAACAUGCUCAUAAACGGAGGUUCCGACAGGAAGUCCUGCUUCUGGAAGUUGGUAAGACACCUGGACCGUGUGGAUUCCGUCCUCCUAACCCACAUCGGUGACGACAACCUGCCAGGCAUCAAUAGCAUGCUGCAGAGAAAGAUUGCGGAGCUUGAAGAGGAGCAGUCGCAGGGUUCGACGGCAAACAGUGAUUGGGUGAAGAACAUGAUCUCGCCAGAUAUCGGUGUUGUGUUUGUGAAUCUCCCUGAAAAUCUGGAAAACCUUGACCCUAACUACAGAGUGAGGCGGAAUCUCGAAGAGGCAGCUGCCACUCAGCAGUUCCUUACCAAGCUAAAUUUAAGAAUAGAACCUUUGCAGCGAGCUGUGGGAAACACUAUUGAACCCAUGAUACUAUUUCAGAAAAUGGGUGUCGGGAAGCUUGAGAUGUACGUACUAAACCCGGCAAAGAACAGCAAGGAGAUGCAACACUUUAUGAAGCAGUGGACUGGUAGCCAAGAUGACACAACUUCCAUACUACUGCCAAACGGAAAAGAAUCUGAGUUUCCUGUAUCAUACUUGACUUCUAUCACCUCCCUCAUUGUGUGGCACCCUGCAAACCCUUCGGAAAAGGUAGUGCGAGUUCUCUUUCCAGGGAAUGCCACCCAGCAGCACAUCUUUGAAGGUUUGGAAAAGCUAAAACACCUGGACUUCUUAAAGCAGCCUAUUGUCACUCAAAAAGAAAUGUCUGCCAACGUGCCUCCAACACCGACACUAAAGCAAGCCAAAAUGAAGAACAGAACAGACAGCAAAGAGAGCUUAAAGUCGACUCCAAAGCCAUCACCAAUUAAAGGUGUCAGAAAGGAGUCCAAGGAAGAAGGUGCAGAAAAAGCAAAGGCAGCUGCAGACGAAUUAUUUCAUGAGAAACAGCAGAAAGCAGAAAAAAGAGAAAAGGUGAUGGUGAAGAAAGAACGAGCGAAGGUUCCUGAGAAAGAAUUAAAAGCGAAACCGGAACAAGCAACCCCGAAUGAUACACCUGAAAAAAAGAAGACUCAAAUAAAAGCUAAACCCGAAAAGGAGAAGAUUGCUAAGAAAGACAUUAAAGUGUCUGCAGAAAAGAAAAAAGAGGUAAAAAAAGAUGCAUUAAAAAAAGAGGAUGCACCUAAAAAAGAUAUUAAGAAAGAAGAAGCAAAGAAAAGGGACAUAAAAAAGGACAGCAGGAGAGAUUCUCCCAUGAAAGAGAAAAAGGAUGAAAAGAGAGACCAAAAGAAAGAUGUUAAAAAGCCAUCAAAAGAAAUAAAGAAAGCAUCUGCUUCUGGAGAAGACAAAGGUAUUUCCCCUAAACCAAAGACCCUAAAGAAAGACACCUCCAAAAAAAUUGCAGGGUCGCCUUCAAAGCUGAAAGGCAAAACAGCUUCCAAAGUGCCAAAAGAGGCAAAGGUGGAUGCUGCCAAAAGUGCAGCUGUUGCAGCUAGUGUUACUGAGGACCCAGAGGCAGAGAGGUCUGUUAUGUCUUCCCCUGUGGACCUGACAAGGGACAUCGAGGAGCUCAGAGCAGAAGAGCAGGCAGAAGAUGAAUCAACUGUGCAACAAAAUGUGGAAGAAGAGGCUGUGAUGACACAAUAUCAAGGAGAGACAAUGCAGACCAAAGAGUCCCCCAGGGCACUGAAGUCAUUAGAUGAGGGUAUAACCACAACAGAGGCUGAAGGAGGUAGUAGAGACUCUCCAGAUGAACAAGCUCUCAAAGGAAAACUCAAUGGCAGGUUUGAAGAUGAGGCAACUGUAAUGGAGGAAGCGUCUGAUGGAGCAGAUUAUGAAGAGAAGGGGGAAACAGAGGAGGUUUAUGAACAACAGAGAGUGGAGUCAAUUAAAGAUGAGCCCAGUGAAGAUGAACACCUAAAGAGACAUGAUACACUCAUAAUAGGAGAUAGCGUUAAGGACCAGGCUGAUGUUGAAGAUCAGCUUGUAGGUGAACACAGAAAAGAAAAGGAGGAACUGACUGUUUCAGCCUCACUCAAAGAAUCAUCGCCUGUGUCCCCUGCCGCGUCGAUCCAUGAUGAAAUGCUUCCAACUGGUGCUGAGAGCUUUACUACGUCGGAUGAUGAAAACAGAGAGGAACCACCUGAAGAGUUUACGGUCACCUCUGGCCUCACUCAUUCCACUAUUGAGAUCUCCAGUGUGCCUACUGCCAUCGAUGAUAUGUUGACUCCGAGGGAUGGCUUGAGCGAUGAAACAGCUAACGAAGAGACUGACUCCCCUUUGCCUGAUGUGGGCAGAUUUGGGACGUCACAAUCUGGAGAGUUUGAUAAGAACAAAUCCCCUUUAUUUCAGAGUAAACCAUGUUCAGACUACUCCAAAAGUGACGCCACGGAGGGUCAGGACUAUAACCACACUGCCACGACAAUCUCCCCCCCUUCAUUAUUCGAAGAAGACAAACUCUGUAGAGAGUUUUCUUCUGAUGGUAAAGUCGAGGAUUUUAACACACUUGAAGAAACAUGUGAGAAGCAAGACACAGCGAGACUCUCAUCAACAUCACCUCUUGUGCAUUCUCCCCCAGGUGACCAAAAAUACAACUUUGAUUCCCCAUCAAUGUUUGCUCCACCUAUAGAACUCUCCACUACCUUGACAGGGUCGCCUAGAGUGAUGAGCGAGUCCACCCUUAGCCCAGAGGACAAAACACUGGAAGGGGCUAACUCCCCCCAGUCCUCCGGCCAUACACCCUAUUACCAGUCCCCAGUAGACGAAAAAGCAGGAGCUCUGCCACCCAUGUCACAAAACGAAGAACGGGGCCCAACUAUUGUGGAGGUCACGAGUGAUAAAGAUGACUCCAAUAGGGCUACACCAGAACUUGAUGAGAAACAGUCAGAGUGUUUCUCCCCCACAGAUAAGAGUGUAUCAUCUCCAAAAAGCCCACCUUCAGCUGAACUUGACUCCCCAAUAAAGAAGGAACUGGAUGAGAUGAACAACCAUCAAGUCUUUUCCUCAAUGCCAAGACAGGUUUUAGAGGCUACUUUGAUCCCAGCUUUCAAGGAAGAAACUAAAAUGUCCAUUUCAGAAGGUACAGCAUCUGAAAAGUCAGACACACCCAUGGAGGAAGUGGUAGCAGAGGACAUGUUUUCUCAUCUAGCCUCAGCAUCUACUGCCUCCCUAGCCACCAGCUCUUUGCCAGAGCCUACCACUGAUUCCCCCUCCCUUCACGCGGAAGUUGGCUCUCCUCACUCGACCGAGGUAGAUGAUUCUUUGUCUGUUUCUGUAGGCCAGACACCAACCACUUUCCAUGAGGCUGAGGCAUCUCCAUUCAAGGAAGACUGCCCCAGACCAAUGUCCAUCUCGCCAGACAUCUCACCAAAGAAUAAAGGCAGAGCACAGAUGCAGGACACAAAAUCACCAGAACAUUCUACCAUGUCAAUGGAGUUUGGCCAGGAGUCUCCUGACCACUCGUUAGCCCUUGAUUUUAGUAAACAAUCUCCAGAGCACCAAUCUGCAGGAAGCAACUUGCGUGCUACAGAGAAUGGCCCAACUGAGAUAAAUGAUAGUCCUUCAGAUGUCAAAGUAUCUGAAGAACAACCCUCUACCAUAGAGGAACCUCUGCUGUUUGAAGAGACCGAUUCAGGUCGUGCUGCUUCUGCAACCCCAUCAGAUGCCUCCCAAUCCACUCCCUCUGUCACAACCCCAUGCCAAAUGACUGAGAUGCCCCCCAUGGUUGAGCAGACAGGUGGGUCUCCCAUCACUCCAAAGGCAGCCUCUCUCACCCAUUCUCCUCAUUCCAGUGGGGCGUCCCCAGUUUCAGGAGGUCCCAUUGAAAGAGACAACAUCAGCCCACUUUCACUGUCCGUGGAGCACUUUGCGUACAAGUCUAACACACAAGAGCCACAGGACAAGCCACCUUCUGAAACAACUUCCCCAUCAACAUUAUGGUUUUCAGAUGAAGGGAAACUUUUGCCAGAAAAGGAGACCAAUCCCUUUAAAUGUGAAGAUUAUACACUUGAAGCAAAAUCUCCCUUGUGCACUGAAGUCCAUUCCCCAUCAAAUCUACCUCUGUCUUCACAUCCAGCCUGCACCUUAAGGAACCCAGAUUCCUCUAAGGUUAGCCCUUCCGCUUUGUCUAAGACAGAUGUUGACCUCUGCUUGGUCACUUCCUGUGAAUACCGUCAUCCCAAGACAGAACUAUCUCCGUCUUUCAUCAACCCAAGCCCUCUUGAAUAUUUCAUUAAUGAAGAGAAUGUCUUAGAAGAAGAGAAGCCUCUUGAGACAGUUGGAGGAGGACCUCCACCUCCUGGGGGAAAGCUUUCAUCCAAACAAUGUGAGGAGACUCCACCCACAUCCAUCAGUGAAUCCGCCCCCUCUCAGACAGAUUCUGAUGUUCCACCAGGGACAGAAGAGUGCCCCUCUAUAACAGCAGAUGCUAACAUUGAUUCUGAGGACGACUCAGAGACACUGCCUACUGAUAGAACCCUGACCUACAGGCAUGCUGAUCCUCCUCCGGUGGCGCUCAGGGACACAGCUCCAUCCACAGGUCCCCAUGAUGCCUGUAUGGUCGACCCAGAGGCCCUCAAGGCUGAGGAGAACCGCCACAAUGCAAACACAGACGCUGUAGAAAAGCCCAAGAAGAAAAAGCUGACCAAAAAGUCUUCCUCACCCGCUAGAAAGAGUGCUCUGUCAAAGGUGAAGGAUUCAAAGACCGCCUCCCCAAAGAAAAGUCUGGGGGAGGGGAAAGAUGCCAAAAAUGCAACCAAUACAUCAGCAUCGAGAGGCGCUAGCGGGAAGGCAUCAAGUGUGGUGUCUCUGCCGAACUGUCCUCCCAUGUACCUGGAUUUGGUUUACAUCCCGAAUCACUGCAGUGCCAAGAAUGUUGAUGCGGAGUUCUUUCAGCACGUGCGGUCGUCUUACUAUGUGGUCAGCGGCAACGACCAGACGUCUCAGGAGCCCAGUAGACCGGUCCUUGAUGCUCUGCUGGAAGGGAAAGCCAGAUGGGAGAAUAAUAUGCAGGUCACGCUGAUCCCCACACAUGACACGGAUGUGAUGAGGGAGUGGUACCAGGAGACCCACGACAAACAACAGGAGCUGAACAUCAUGGUCCUGGCCAGCAGCAGCACUGUGGUCAUGCAGGAUGAGUCCUUCCCAGCUUGUAAGAUAGAAAUGUAGGACCCAAACCAUGUAGCUUAAACCCAAACUGUCACACAACUCCAAUAAAACACACUACACUAGGAUUGUAACUUGUACUCACGACUUGGAAAGGUGAAGGUUUUUUCAGUUGUGUUGGAAAACUUGAUCUCUCAUAAGGAGAAUGUACACCCCCGCCCCCAAAAAAGAACAGUUGUUUUUUUCCACCAUCUAGAUCGUUGCCUUAUCGGGAUGUUGAAUGAAUGUAUCCAACAAACAGAGCGCUGACGGCACACUAAAAGGUGUCCAUAGUGCGGCCCGGGGGGCAUUUUUGGCCUAAAUGAUUUUGUCAUUAGUGUUACACAAUUAAUUUGCUUAGUCAGCCAUAGCACAAAGCUAAGAUGUCAAUAUUUCGUUCAACCUUCAUUUAGCCAAUAUUCAUAUUUUACAUUAAGAAACAGCACCUUUGCCAAGAUUUAGUCCGUUGUAUGAAAGGCAACAGGUGAAUACACAAGUUAAUUAUGCCGAGAAAUAAUUGUUCACUAUUUCUGCCUGUAACUAUGCAUCGCUGGCGUAGAUACAUUAUUUGUCGUGAAUGGAUAAUCAUUUUCAGCCUAAUUAAGUGACAUUGGCUAAUUUCCCACGACACAGUUGGGAAUCACUGGUUUAGCGAGUGUUGGCCUACAUUGGCUUGAUUUUAGCAUCUUUUAACACACAAAUUGCUCCCAUUUGCGUACUUAAAUUGUUCUGUAUGCGCACUAAAGCAGGGGUGCCCAAACUACGGAUCCGACCCACCAGCGUCCAAAAUCCGGCCCACUGGAAGUCCCAAGUCUAAAUUAUUUUUAUUUAUUUAUUUAUUUAUUUAUUUAUUUAUUAAACUGUCCUUUCUA